AUGCCUGUCUCCAAGUCAAGGCAAGUGAGGACCGCUUGUGAUCGGUGCUAUGAGCUUAAAGCACGAUGUGCGCGAGCGCCUGCUGCAACCUCUUGCAGUCGGUGCAAUAGGCUUGGCCUGGCCUGUUCAAAUCUCCGUCCAUACCGACCUGCAGGCCGAAGGAUAACACAUCAGUCUCGUUCAACAUCCACCGUAUUAUCGACAAAGACCAGAUCAGGUAUCGACACCGACUUUCAGGACAUUAGCGCCUUGUUAAAUAGCCAUGCGGAUCUUCUCCCGGACCAGAGAGAAUUGCUGCUACUUCUCCUGGACACUCCCGAAACGGUGGACUGUUACGUGGUGUGUCCAAGUUUCCAGACUGCUGAGCAGCAAUCAUUGAUGGAUCAACUCCCAGGAGGGCUACCCGUGCUCAAGGAUGCGUAUCUCGCGUGUGCUAUGGCUCUCAAGAACAUCCAGCCAAGCAGGGAGAUUGAGAGUGAUAGUCUGAGGAGCAUUCAACACACAUCAUCAGCUAUGAAUACCUUGCGCUCCCUUCCCGUCUCAAAUUCACAGGACGCGGCGUUGUGUCUUACAAUAGGAACGAUGCUUGCAAUAUCCAUAUCCUCGACCGUUGGUCUUGGUGUCGCCGAUGUCUGCCACUAUUGCCUUAGCACAACAUCUCCGUUCGUGACUAGUAAAGUUCCCGAUCCGGUCUUGGAAACGCGACAGGGAUUUCUUGCCCUGCUGGAGUUGAUGGACUGCCUUGUCUAUCGCCGAACGCCAACUCUUAGGAUCCAACCGUCAAAUAGUAGAGGUGUGGACCGUCAUCUGGGUCUCUGCUCGCCUUUGCUUCCAUAUUACUACGAUCUGUGCGUGGUCAGCCAUUCAUUAGCCAAAGCAUCAGACAAAGGCAGCCUGGAAAAGAUGUAUCAUAAACUGGACGAGAUCCAAGUAUCACUGGAAGAGUGGCAACCGUCUUGCUUGGACGGCGAGCUCAUUAAUCGGUUCUCAACGGCCGAUGCUGUCAACCUUCUUGCUCAGGCCAGAGUGUACCGUCUAGCAGCCCUUCUCGUCGCUCACAGGCUGCGGUACAGCUUCGGUGAGCAAGAUGCGCAGGCUGACAUCUGGGCGAGUGAGAUCAUGAUGGAACUUAACAUGGCGCAGCGGAUUACGAAGCGCCUCAUUUGUUUCGUGACGCUGCCGUUCCUAGUUGCCGCGGUUGAAUUGCGGGAUCCUAGUGCACGAGGCAAGGCUUUAUAUCAGGUAGAGGAGUUUGUGGAUAAUGUCACUCCUGUGCUAAAGAAGGCUGGUAGGACAUUUUUGACUAGAAUAUGGCAGGAGCGAGACUCAAGAACCACGGCGUUUUGGCUUGAUUCGGUCCACAAGCCUUGUCCUGUAUUGCAAUCACUGGAUCCGGCAUGCCUUUUCUGA